CAACAGUGCUAAUUAGAUACCCCAGUAGUAGUAAUAAUCAAAUUUUAUAUCAGGACUUUUAAAUAGGAGUGUUUGUUUCUUAUUUGCUAUUUUAUAUGUCUGUUAAUUGCAAUUUAUGAAAUAUAAGAAGUGCAAUAUAACAAUUGAACUUGUUUUAUAUCACUAACUCAUCUAGAUCUGGCCAUCUGAUAUUUUCUCAUACUUUAAUGUGGUUUUUAGCAUGAUUGUACUUGGGCAUAUCAUAUUUUAUUGGGGCCCUGCUUCAGAGAUGCGUGUGCCCUUUACUAAUACUAGUAAUCAUGCUGUCCGUCUGUCUGUCCACAAUUUUGUUUCUGAAGAUUAUUUCAGAAACCAAAAGACUAAUUAGGGCCCCGUAUCGGAGCCAAGGUGGAUCUCUGACUUUGACCCUGGCUCUUGAUGGAGGAGGUAUAUAAGCAAAUGAAAAUGGAUGUGCUGUUGAAUCAAAUGCUCCGUAUGUUGUGAAAAUUGAACCACAUUCCAAUGGACCAUUGUUUUGUGAACUUCAUUAUUAUCAAAGAGUAGCCAAAGCAGACAUGAUUGAAGCAUGGAAAACACAGAAGAAGCAAAAAUAUCUUGGAUCGCCAAAGUUUAUUGGGACUGGUUCCUACAUGCGUGACAACGUACAGUUCAGAUUCAUGGUCAUGGAGAGGUUUGGUUCAGAUUUACAAAAACUAUUUGAAGGAUCAGGGAAACACUUUGAUACACAUACAGUAUACUGCCUGGCACUGAGAAUGAUAGAUGCCUUGGAAUACAUACACCACAAUAGUUAUGUUCAUGCCGACAUAAAGGCUUCCAACAUUUUACUGGGCUUCAGAGGCGGCAAGCAACAACCUGAUGAGGUGUACCUUGUGGACUAUGGACUUGCUGUGAAAUACCAGAUAGAUGGAGUACACAAGGCAUAUAAAGAGGAUAAAAGGAAGGCUCACGAUGGAACCAUAGAGUUUACCAGUACCGAUGCUCACCUGGGAGUAGCACCAUCACGUCGAGGUGACAUGGAGAUAUUGGGUUUCUGUUUACUACAAUGGCUGUGUAGCCGUCUUCCUUGGGAAAACAAUCUAGCUAACAAAGACUAUGUAGCUGGGGAGAAGUUCAAAUACACCAAAAACAUUGCCAGUUUGAUGAAGGCAUGCUUCCCUGAUGGUGGCGUACCUGAUGAAGUACAAAAAUACUUUGAAAUGGUGAAGAAAUUGCAAUAUGAAGAAUGCCCCAACUAUGAAGGCAUGAGAACGUUAUUCAGAAAAGGCCUCAAAAGUCUGGGAGUGAAGGAUGAAUGGAAACUAGACUUACCACUUAGUGGACCUGUCUCACCAAAGAAAGCAGUAAAACGAAAAAGUACAGGACCUGCGGUGGGUGGUUCCAAACCUAAACAAAAAGCUGUGGCAAAAGCUACAUACUCUGUUAAGCAAAAGGAAUCCACACCCAAGAGGAAAACAGCAACUCCAAGCAGGAAAACCCCAGGGGUUCAGUCUCCAAGAGCUGUGACCUCUCCAAGAGCUGUGGCAUCUCUAAGAGCUGUGACCUCUCCAAGAGCUGCGGCAUCUCCCAGAGCUGUGACAUCUCCCAGGGGAAUUACUCCUGGCCGGCCUCGUAAAUCACCUAUAACUGCUGCAACGAGGAUGAAGUCACCAGUUGUAAUAAAUGGAGGAGCCAAAGGGGAUACCCCUGUUAAAAAAGCCAAGACAAAGCGCCGAGUGAAGAGAAGGAAAGUUGCCACAGUGGAUGUCAGCAUGCAAACCUCGCCACCAUGACAACCCACCAUGUGCAUCGUAACAUGUAAGGGAGGUAACUGGCUCAGUGAGGAGACCACUUCACCUUUAUAAAUGGCCCCGUUUAUACCUGCGGGAGGAAGACUGGGCCGGUCAGUGUGCGACUGCUGUGGUUUAUGUUCCAAAAGUAGAGGGACUAAAACACUGUGUAGAUCAGGUGCAGACAAAAGUCUGAAGGACUAAACAGUUCUUGUUGUUAGGUACAACUUUUUCACUGACCAGUUUUAUUGUUACAAUUGACCAACCAAGAAUAAAUGUUUUAGCUGAGGAAGUCUUAUACUGAAUACCGUACACAAACAGUUGUUAUUGCUAUAAAGGUAUCAGUGUAUUCUGUCGUAGGGAAUUGUUUGCAUUGUUACAUUGAAUAGAUCCUUGUUCUUUGUCAUAAGGAACUACAAUUGUUAUUAUACUGUAAUUUGAAUAGAUCUGUGGUUUUUCUAUCACAAGGAAUUGUGUUUGCAUUAUUACUUUGAUAAGAUUGAUGGUUUUUUAUCAUAAGGAAUUGUGUUUGUUAUUUUCCUUGUGUGCUAUUAGUAGUUCUAAUAUUAACAGAAUGCCAAUAAUCCAGGUUUUAUUGUCAGGUUCAAGGAUCUAAAUUGCUUCAAAUUUUAUACUUAGAAAUAGGAAAAGUAAAUAAUUGAUUUCAAUAUUAUAAAUUCAAAAUAAUAAAUACUUUCUUGAAGUUUCGUAUUAUCAAAGGCACUUGUUGAGUUUAAAUUUUAUGAAAUCAACAUUGAUUUAGCUUAUUGGUCCAUGGUGCAACAUCAGAAUUUCCAGCGACAAUACAACAGCUUAACUUGUUCAAUAAUUAUGGGGCCAUUUAAUUUAUAAAGUUUGAAUUAUAUCUACUGGAGGGACAUAGGGACAUGUGAAAGGGACCAUUUAUAAUAGCAGUCUACAACUGUAAUGUUGUCUUUUUAUUAAUUAUUAACAAAACCAACAAAGAAAUAAUGCAAUAAAUGAUGCAGUACUAGUACGGUAAGCUAUCUGUGUGAUGAUGAACAAGGCUUUAUUGAUGGUUCUAUCAAUUGUCUAUAAAUGUUUGAGAUCAAGAAAUAGUCACAAUUCUUUUACAUUCAAAUCAAAUUUUAAUGACAAAUAAAUAUCAAGAAGA